AUGGCUCUCACCGUGUGUGUGCGGCGACUGACAGGGCUGCCGGGAAGCCAUGACCGACAAGUGAGGCUCAGCUUUCGGGGCUUUACCCAGAAAACAAGGAGAAUUCACUGUGAUCAAGAAGCAGAUAUUGGCGAGCUAUUCCGUUGGCCACACUACGGGGCUCCACUGGCUGGGGAGAGUCUGUCUGUGCAAGUGGUCAACUGCAGCCGUGUGUUCAGCCCCAGGUCUCUGGGGACCCUGGUGAUCUCCCUGCAGCAGCUACAGAGUGCUGGGCAUUUGGUGCUGCGGGAGGCCCUAGUGGAUGAGAAUCUGCGAGUGUCCCGGAUCCAGGUGGAGCUUGACCUGAGGUACCAGCCCCCAGAGGGUGCAACUGGAGCCUGGGAGGAGGAGGACUUUGGGGCACCCAUCCGGGACAGCUCGGAGUUGAUCAUCUCCAAUGUGGGUUUCCAGGAACUGGAGCCUGGGGAGGCCCGACUGGAGCGGCGGGCAGUGGCACUGGGCCGCAGGUUAGCUCAGGGCCUAGGUCAGCAGGACGAUGAAGACAACGAGCUAGAGCUGGAGCUGGAUCUGGAGGACGAGCCUGAUGUGGAGCUUUCUGGAGUGGUGUUCAGCCCUCUCAAGAGCCGAGCCCGGGGCAUAGCUCGUGGGGAUCCCUUCCAGGUGUCCAGAACGCAGGACUUCCAGGUGGGGGUCACGGUGCUCGAGGCCCAGAAGCUAGUGGGAGUCAACAUUAACCCCUAUGUGGCCGUGCGUGUUGGCGAGCAGCGCAGAGUGACCGCCACGCAGCGCGGGACCAAUUGCCCCUUCUACAACGAGUACUUCCUGUUCGAAUUUCAUGAGACCCGGCUUCGCCUCCAAGACUUGCUGCUGGAGAUCACGGCUUUCCAUUCGCAGACCCUCCCCUUUAUGGCCACCCGGAUAGGCACCUUCAGGAUGGACCUGGGCAUAAUCUUCGACCAGCCAGAUGGCCACUUCUACCAGAAAUGGGCUCCGCUGCAUGACCCCCGGGACACCCGCGCGGGGACCAAAGGCUUUGUCAAGGUCACUUUGUCCGUGAGGGCGCGCGGGGACCUGCCCCCUCCGCUGCCACCCCCGGGCCCAGGACACAGUUCGGACAUCGAGAAGAACUUGCUCCUGCCUCGCCGGGUGCCGGCCCAGAGGCCGUGGGCGCGGCUGCGCGUGCGCGUGUACCGCGCGGAGGGGCUUCCCGCGCUGCGCCCCGGCCUGCUGGGCAGCCUGGCCCGCGCCCUGCAAGAUCAGCGCGUGCUCCUGGACCCCUAUGUGCGGGUGUCUUUCCUGGGGCAGCAGGGCGAGACGUCCGUACGCGGAGAGACGGCGGCGCCCGAGUGGAACGAGCAGCUGAGCUUCGUGGAGCUCUUCCCGCCGCUGACGUGCGGCCUUCGUCUGCAGCUGCGGGACGACGCGCCCCUGGUGGAUGUGGCCCUCGCCACACACGUGCUGGACCUGAGGCAGAUCUCACACCCGGGCCGCGCAGCGGGGUUUAACCCCACCUUCGGGCCGGCCUGGGUGCCUCUCUAUGGCUCGCUCCCCAGCGGGGGGCUCCGGGAUGGUUUUCAAAAUCUCAAUGAAGGCCUUGGCCAAGGCAUUUGGUUCCGCGGCCGCCUGCUAGUGGCUGUGUCCAUGGAGGUGCUGGAAGGGAGAGCUGAACCUGAGCCUCCCCAGGCCCCGCAGGGGUCCAGGUUGUCCCGGCUCAUGGGAAAGAAGAAGAAAGCCAGGCGAGGCCAGAUCCCAACUGGGAUUCCGCAGCACCUGGAUGCCAGCUCCGGGGCUGAUGGGCCUGAGAUUCCUAGUGCCAUGGAGGUGGAGGUGGAGGAGUUGCUGCCGCUGCCAGAGAACGCCCUGGCACCCUGUGAAGAUUUCCUGCUCUUCGGUGUGCUCUUCGAGGCCACCAUGAUUGACCCCGCUCUGGCCUCCCAGUCCAUCAGCUUUGAGAUCUCCAUUGGUCACGCAGGCCGCCAGGAGGAGCAACUGGGCCCAGGGUCCAGGGUCGAGGAGGGAGCAGAGGGCGCAGCGGGGGAGGCGCAGCCUCUGCUGGAGUCUGACGUGGGAGCCGGGCUGGUGGAGGAGGAGCUGCGGACCCCGGCUCAGCGGCCUGAGCCCGUGGAUGGCAGCGGGCCAUACCUCUGCUUGCCCCUGCGUCAUCACAAGCCGUGCGUGCGCGUGUGGAGCCGCUGGGAGGAUCACACGUGGCGCCUGCAGAGAAGUAACUGCGUGCGGAAGGUGGCUGAGAGGCUGGACCAGGGGCUGCAGGAGGUUGAGACUCUGCAGCGCAGGCCGGGGCCGGGCGCCUGCACCAGGCUCAAGCAGGCGCUGGAAGAGCUGGUGGCUGGGAGCAGACAGUUUUGCCACGGUGCUGAGCGCAGGACAAUGACCCGGCCAAACACCCUGGAUCGAUGCCGAGGGAAACUGUUGGUGCAUAGCCUGAACCUGUUGGCGAAGCAAGGACUGCGGCUUCUACGGGGCCUGAGAAAGGGCAAUGUGCAAAAGAAGGUGGCACUGGCCAAGAAGCUCCUGGCAAAACUCCGCUUCCUGGCCCAGGAGCCCCAGUCACCCCUCCCAGAUGUGCUGGUCUGGAUGCUCAGUGGGCAGCGCCGUGUGGCCUGGGCCCGGAUCCCUGCCCAGGAUGUGCUGUUCUCUGUGGUCGAAGAGGAACGGGGCCGGGACUGUGGGAAGAUCCAGAGUCUUCUGCUUACAGCACCUGGGGCAGCCCCUGGUGAGGUCUCUGCCAAGCUGGAGCUCUUCCUGUGGCUGGGGCUGGGCAAGCAAGCCAAGGCCUGCACCUCAGAGCUCCCCCCGGACCUGCUGCCUGAUCCCUCGGCUGGGCUGCCCCACAGUCUGUACCGGGACGACUUCAGCUACUUCCAGCUCCGGGCUCACUUGUACCAGGCCCGAGGUGUGUUGGCAGCAGAUGACAGUGGGCUCUCGGAUCCCUUUGCUCGAGUCCUCAUCUCUAGCCAGUGCCAGACUACCCGGGUCCUGGAGCAGACUCUGAGCCCCCUGUGGGAUGAGCUCUUGGUGUUUGAUCAGUUGAUCGUGGACGGGAGGAGGGAGCACCUGCAGGAGGAGCCUCCAUUGGUGGUUGUCAAUGUCUUUGACCACAAUAAGUUUGGGCCCCAUGUGUUCCUGGGCAGGGCACUGGCCGCGCCGAGGGUAAAGCUCAUAGAGGACCCUUACCAACGCCCUGAGCUGCAGUUCUUCCCCCUGAGGAAGGGACCCCAGGCAGCUGGAGAGCUCAUCGCCACAUUUGAACUCAUUGAACUGGACUACAGUGGCCGGCUUGAGCCCUCAGUGCCCAGUGAUGUGGAGCCCCAGAACCUGACGCCCCUGGCUGAGCCCCUCUCUGGACGCCUGUCCCUGCCCCCUCACGUGCGCCCGGUGCUCAGGGACUUCCGUGUUGAGGUGCUGUUCUGGGGUCUCAGGGGCCUUGGCCGUGUGCAUCUCUUCGAGGUGGAGCAGCCCCAGGUUGUGCUGGAGGUGGCCGGGCGACGUGUGGAGUCCGAGGUCCUGGCCAGUUACCGUGAGAGCCCCAAUUUCACCGAGCUCGUCAAGCACCUGACAGUGGACUUGCCGGAACAGCCUUACCUGCAGCCCCCACUCAGCAUCCUGGUGAUUGAGCGCCGAGCCUUUGGCCGCACAGUGCUUGUGGGUUCCCACAUUGUUCCUCACAUGCUGCGGUUCACACUCCGUGGUCAUGAGGAUCCCCCUGAGGAGGAAGGAGAGGAGGAGGCAGGGGACUUCGUGCCUAAGGGACCUCAAGGACAGAAGUCCCUGGAUCCCUUCUUGGCUAAAACGAGUUUACCCAGAAGGCUCCUGAAGGCUCCUCUGAAGAAGGUACCCCUGGGAGGCCUCCUGAAUCAAGGGACAGAGCUGGAGGAGGACAUCCCAGAUCCCGAGGAGCUCGACUGGUGGUCCAAGUACUAUGCAUCGCUGCAGGAGCUCCAGGGGCAGACCAACUUUGAUGAGGAUGAAAUGGAUGAUCCUGGGGAUUCAGAUGGGGUCAACCUCGUUUCUGUGGAUGGGGAAGCCCAAGACCAGGGUGAGGGUGAAGUCAAAGGCUCCAUGUCCCAGAAAAAAUCAAUCGCCACCCUGAAGAUUUACAACAGGUCCUUGGAGGAAGAGUUUAACCACUUCGAAGACUGGCUGAACGUGUUUCCCCUGUACCGAGGGCAAGCGGGCAAUGAUGGAGAUGGAGAGGAGGAAGGGUCUGGACACCUUGUGGGCAAGUUCAAGGGCUCCUUCCUCAUCUACCCUGAAUCAGAGGCAAUGUCGUUCUCUGAGCCCCAGAUCUCCCGGGGGAUCCCACAGAACCGGCCCAUCAAGCUCCUCGUCAGAGUUUAUGUUGUAAAGGCUACCAACCUGGCUCCCGCGGACCCCAACGGCAAAGCAGACCCCUACGUGGUGGUGAGCGCUGGCCAGGAGCGUCAGGACUCCAAGGAGCGCUACAUCCCUAAGCAGCUGAACCCCAUCUUUGGAGAGGUCCUGGAGCUCAGCAUCUCUCUCCCUGCUGAACCGGAGCUGACAGUGGCUGUGUUUGAUCAUGACCUUGUGGGUUCUGACGACCUCAUCGGGGAGACCCACAUUGAUCUGGAAAAUCGAUUCUACAGCCACCACAGGGCAAACUGUGGGCUGGCCUCCCAGUAUGACGUGGACGGGUACAAUGCCUGGCGUGAUGCAUUCCGGCCUUCGCAGAUCCUGGCGGGUCUGUGCCAACGCUGUGGCCUCCCCAGUCCUGAAUAUCGAGCCAGGGCUGUCAAGGUGGGCAGCAAAGUCUUUCUGACAUCGCCUGAGACCAUGCUGCCAGGUGGGGGGUGCCCCAAGGUGGCAAGUGAGGUCUCUGAGGAGGCCCAGGCUCUGCUGGUGCUGCAGCGCUGGCAGGAGAUGCCAGAGCUUGGGAUCCAGCUGGUACCAGAGCACGUAGAAACACGACCCCUCUACCAUCCCCGCAGCCCGGGGCUGCUGCAGGGAUCACUUCACAUGUGGAUUGACAUCUUCCCUCGGGAUGUGCCUGCUCCACCCCCGGUUGACAUCAAGCCUCGGCAGCCAGUCAGCUACGAGCUCAGAGUCAUUAUCUGGAACACGGAAGAUGUGGUUCUGGAUGAUGUGAACCCGCUCACUGGAGAGAUGUCAAGUGACAUCUACGUGAAAAGCUGGGUGAAGGGGCUGGAGCACGACAAGCAGGAGACAGACGUCCACUUCAACUCUCUGACUGGGGAGGGGAACUUCAACUGGCGCUUCGUAUUCCGCUUCGACUACCUGCCCACGGAGCGGGAGGUGAGCGUCCGGCGCAAGCCCGGACCCUUCGCCCUGGAGGAGGCCGAGUUCCGGCAGCCGGCUGUGCUGGUCCUGCAGGUCUGGGACUAUGACCGCAUCUCCGCCAACGACUUCCUUGGUUCCCUGGAGCUGCAGCUACCAGACAUGGUGCGUGGGGCCCGGGGCCCCGAGCUCUGCUCUGUGCGGCUGGCCCAGGACGGGACCGGGCCGAGGUGCAAUCUGUUUCGCACCCGGCGCUUGCGGGGCUGGUGGCCUGUAGUGAAGCUGCGGGAGCCGGAGGAUGAGGAGCGGGAGCAGCGGGAGGCGCAGGCUGGCAAGAAGAGGCGGAGGAAGAGGAGGAAGGGCCGGCCAGAAGACUUAGAAUUUUCAGACUCUGGCGGCAACAUGUACAUCCUCACGGGGAAAGUUGAGGCAGAAUUUGAGCUGCUGACUGUGGAGGAGGCAGAGAAACGGCCAGUGGGGAAGGGGCGGAAGGAGCCUGAGCCCUUAGAGAAGCCCAACCGCCCCAAAACCUCGUUCAACUGGUUUGUGAACCCACUGAAGACCUUCGUCUUCUUCAUCUUACGCCGGUACUGGCGCAUCCUGGUGCUGCUGCUGCUGCUGGCCUUGAUCACCAUCUUCCUCCUCCUUGUCUUCUACACCAUGCCUGGCCAGAUCAGCCAGGUCAUCUUCCGCCCCCUCCACCAACCCCGUGACACUGACCUUGGACACUCAUCCCAUAAUGCCAACCCCUCAACUCCCACUCCUGGCAGUCCUUCCCACUAAUAUGAGCUA